UGACUGAGUGAGUAGUGGUUGUGUUGUGUUGUGGUUGUGUUGUUUUGAGGCUUUAGAUUUGAGAUUCCGUUAAAGUUAAUCGAAUAAGGAUGUUUCAAGCACUUAAUAAAUCAGGUUAUUACAUUAGCUCUAAAAAGAAAGAAAAGAUAGAUUCAGAGGAUGACAUUACUAAAGAAUCAAUGAAGAUUGGAAAUGGAGAAAAGCAUUGUGAAUUAAAACUGUGGAUAAAGGAUCUCAUCACUGUACAAAAAUGGGAAGAUGAAUUUUAUUGUUAUCAUGGCAUUAAGAUCAAUAUAGUAGAUAUAUAUGGAGUAAUAGUUGCAGUACAAAGCAACAACUAUGGUGUUUCUUAUACAGUUGAUGAUGGAACCGGAGAAAUAGAUUGUUGGUAUGACAACCGACGCAGAGCAACCACAGAAAAGUUGUUUAAACUGAUGGAAACAACUGAACUUAGUGUUAUUGAAAGUACCAAUCAAGAUACAUCAACAGUACCUUCAAUUUUCAUGGAAACUUCCACUUCUUACAUUUGUGAAAAUAAGCCUGAGGCAGAACAGUGGUUGAAAACACAGAUUCUUAAGGAGCUUGAUAAGCCUCCUUUUGGCCAAGGAAAUACAAUUCAGAUACGUGGUAAAUUGGCUGACUUCAGAGGUAGUCGCUGCAUACGUAUCUACAAUAUUCGACAUGUUACCAAUAUUGAUGAAGAAACUGAUAGAAGAUUUGAGCUGAUUCAUCUUUAUCAGACUAUUUAUCACACAUGAAAGAGGUGUCUCAAAUAUAAUAGCUCUCCAACGAUCAAUAUGCAUGUUGACAAAGCACAUCUGCUGCUCGUUAACCAUCUACAAUGAGGACUGGUACUCGAUAUGCUGCUAAGAUUCCAUCACUUACAGGAGUCAGAGUGGAGGAAUGUGGAAGAAGGCUGGAGAGGAUUUUGAAAUCGCCGAAAAAGGAGCUGCGGGAGAUCAAUCGUUUGGCAUCUUAUUUGAGGCAAAUUGAAACGAUAGACCUGACAUCAGAGCCUGACAUUGAACCCCCAGCCCCCAACAACGAAUUCAUGCAAAUAUUAAACGAG